CUGUUUUGUGUCUUUACAGUGAAUUCUGUUUGCGUGAGGAGGAUCAUGAUGAACUCUACACAGGCUUCAUAUUUUACACUUGGUGCCUACUUUAACACCGGGGUACUGAAAUACUUAUACUUCAUCAUUGUGAUGAUUUUAUACAUGUUGAUUCUUUGCUCCAACCUCCUGCUGAUUGUGGUUAUCUGUGUGAACAGAAGCUUACAUGAACCUAUGUACAUGUUUCUGUGCAGCCUGUUUGUAAAUGAACUGUAUGGUAGUACAGGGUUGUUUCCAUUCCUGCUGCUUCAGAUCCUCUCUGACAUUCACACUGUCUCUGCUUCAGCUUGUUUCCUGCAGAUUUUCUAUUUGUAUUCAUAUGCUUCUGUGGAAUUUUUUAACUUAGCCAUCAUGUCUUAUGACAGAUAUCUGGCUAUCUGUCAUCCUCUACAAUAUAAGACACGUAUGACACAUAACAAAAUUGCAGUACUUAUUGCCCUGAUAUGGUUUUAUUGUUCUGUUGUAUGUUUUCUUCCAAUGUGCUUAAGUGUCCCUUUACAGCUGUGUGGGAACAUCAUUAACAAAGUGUACUGUGACAACUACUCCAUCGUCAAACUGGCCUGCUCUGACACAACAGUCAAUAACAUUUAUGGACUUAUUGCCACUUUUGUCACAAUCUCUUGUCCUGUAUCUUUGAUUCUUUACACUUACACAAAGAUCUUUAAAGUCUGUUUUUCUGGUUCUAAACACACGAGACAGAAAGCCAUCAGUACCUGCACACCUCACCUCGCCUCUCUGCUCAACUUUUCCUUUGGGGCUUUCUUUGAAGUGUAUCAGACCAGGUUUAAUAUGAACAGUGUACCAAAUAUGGUGCGAAUAUUUUUAUCCUUAUACUGGCUCACAUGCCAACCUCUCUUUAACCCUGUCGUAUACGGCCUGAAUGUGUCCAGUAUUCGUAUCAUAUGUAAAAAUCUGAUUCAUUUUAAAAUGUAGACUACUAACAUUCAUCCCAGAGAUUUGCUGAUUUGAAUCAUGUAAACACCUGUUGUGUACAAGUGAAAAAGUUUUUUUUUUUCCUCCAAAUACAAGCAACAUUUAGAGUUAUGAAACGUGACUUGCAGUAUUUGAUAGAAGAAUGGAUAACA